UUAGGAAACAGCAGCGGGGCAGUCGGUGUGUAUGUGUUCAUAAUGUCGGGGAAAAAGUCCCGGUCUGUGGCAAACCCUCUGGAGUCUGCGAUCACCACCCCGAGUGAGAGGAUCCUGAAGGAGUGCCACAGCCUGUAUGUGGACAGCGACCACGGUCUGGUGAAGAUUGCCAGCAGCCUGGGAGUCCGACUCCUGCCUCCCAGAAAGAAGAUCAUUGUGAUGAUAAUGGGCAACCACUCUGCAGGAAAGAGCUCCUUCAUUAACUGGUAUGCGGAGGAGCACAUACAGAAAACAGGCGUGGCCAUUGAAACGCAGGGAUUUACAUUCAUCACAAGUGGUCGUAAAAGAGAAUCACUGACGGGGAAUGCAACGCUACAUCUCUACCCUCACUUUCGGCCAAUCCUGGAGUUUAAAGGUGUCCUGGACUACCUGUCUGCUGAGAUCUCCACCUCCAAGCAGAAGAAGUUCAGCCUGGUCACAUUCGUGGACACUCCCGGCUUGGUGGACGGGGACAUGGUCUACCCUUUUGACGUCAACAGCGCCAUCACCUGGUUGGGAGAACAGGCAGACCUCGUGUUUGUGUUCUUCGAUCCAAUGGGCCAAGCGCUGUGCAAACGUACGCUCAACAUCGUGGAGAAGCUGAGUGAAAAAUGUGGAGACAAACUGUUGUUCUACCUCAGCAAGGCAGACGAAGCCGGGAGGGAAACGGACAGACAGAGAGUGAUGAUGCAGAUCGUUCAGGAACUGUGCCGCCGUCCAGGACUCAAUAAAUGUGGUUUCGAGAUGCCGACAAUAUACAUCCCCAACCCACAGCGGCCGAGCAGAUGCGUGAACCAGAUUGAUGGGGUUUGUGAGACCAUAGAGAAGACCAUCAAUCAGGCUGUUCAGAAGACUCUCAACCAGCUGGAGAAAGACUGCGAUCUUAUUUGUUCCACCAUCAACUCCAAACUGGAGCAGGACAGGGCCGACGUGAAGUACAACAAAAGUGUUCGCCUUCACUCGCUCCUGUGCGGGGCUCUGGGUGCCGUUCUGCCCGUCUUCUUCAUCCUCAGUUUUAUCGUGAGCACUUUCUCCAAAGAGCAGCUGGACGAGCUCCUAGGCGAGGGUCCGGCUCGCGUCCUCGUUAUUUUCACAGGAAUAGUGAUGUAUUUGUGGGACUGGGUUCCAGAAGAUGGACAAGUGGUAUUUGUGAUCAUCUUUGGUGCUUCCUGUUACCUCCUGCUAUUCCUGGCUAAGUAUUUUGCAGGCCAGAGGAAUAAAACUCUGACCAAGAAAGAGAAGAGGACGAUGGCAGAAUACAGCGAUUAUAUCCAGGAUAUCGUCAAAACUAAGAAGGCUAAACUGUACGAGUGGUACCUCCAGCAGUGUGCAGCGGAAUACGACCUCUGAUCUCCGGAUUCAUCUCUGACAGUUUAAAGUUGAACAGCAUUGCCACGAGGUUCUUGUGAAAUCGGGGAUAAUCGUUUUGCAAAGUGUUUUCCACACCGUUAAUCGUCCUCCAAAUGAUUUUUUUUUUCUCUUCUCAGUGGCACUUUGUAACCUCUUAUGCAUCAGGCAUCACUGCCAACAUCUCUAAUCUCAGCAGCUGAUUUAAUUAAAAGUGCCUUUGAUAACAGCACAGGCUGUGAUUGUAGCUGUUAUGAAGAAAAUUUCAUAAUGUGACUGGACUUCCUUCCUCAUCGGUUUUCAUAGCACAUAGUUAAAAACGAUACAGAAAGGACUGACGUGUUUACAAAUGAACUUAAAGCUGCUAAAGCUGCCAGCAAAUCUAUUUCUCUUCAAAGUUUGCUCUCGUUUUGUGACUGUUCCACAGAAUGUCUUUUCAUACUGUCUCUCAGCAAUAACUACAAUAAUCAAUUCUUUACGAGUACCUCGGCAUUAAACCUGGAAAAAAAGGUAAUAUUUUUACACUUUCUAUAAACUCCAGAGCUGCAAACGUCCUCUUACCUCCAAAGAGACUGUCUUAGUCCUAGUUUUUCCUUAUUUUUUAUCUGCAUUUAGAUAUUUUUAUAGAGAAAGCAUUGUAAUGUGAUAUUUGUAUAAACCACCAGACUGUUGGUUCGGGUACUUUAAUGCAACAAUGAAGUCAAACCAGUGAGCAUCUCAUGUCAAUAAGCUCCAAGUCGUGACGCCAUAUAAAACCUUCACUCCAGUGUUGAUGUCGGUCGGUGGUUUUCAAAGUUUGGGUUGGGCUUAACCUGAGGAGCAGCACAGAGCUUUGGGUGAUGGAGGUCACGGGGAUGCCUUUUCCCCGCAAAACUCACGGUGAAAGAAUGAUUUGACAGCUGCCGACGACUUGUAAGGACUAAUAGGAUUUCAAAAUUAAAGGCAUCAUGUAACAUAAAAAGUGAUAUUUUUAUUGCAUACGCACACUGUCGUCAAUAAUAUCUUGUGUUAACAGUGGAGGGGAUCAGCUGGUUGAAGCUCAUUCAUCCUCCCAAACUUUGAAAACCCCUGGUGCAGGUGUAUUUAUUAGUGUCAGUAGAUGUCUGCAGGUGAGUGUCUUUUUUUUGUUUUGUUUUGGAUCUCCUGAGAAUGCACUGAUCCAACAUACCUCAGGCCAGAUUUAUUGCUGUGACUGAUCUCUUAAGCUUCAGUUUUUGUGCCGUCGUUGCUUUGUUAUUGUUCAUUUUCUCUAUCAGAUGUGUUAAUUUAGUUUUAUUGGGUUUGAUUUUAUCAGACUAGCGAGAUGUUCCAGUCUAGGAAUUUGUACCUUUUUGUUUCUUUUAAAUCAGUUGCAGCUUUAAACGUGGGAUUAGUGCAUCUCGACUUUUCCAAAUGUUAGAAAAAUCUCACCGGGCUGUUUGCAAUCUGUAACUCAUUUAGUUUCUUGUGUGUCCGUGUGUGUUAAUUUCCUGUCGGAUAUUGCUCUCAUCCAGCUGUUGAAUGAAACAUUUCAUUUGCCAAUAUGUGAAACUCUGGAUUAUUCCAAAAAAAUUUUUUUUUUUUAUUGUGAGAAACCUGGACUCAUCUGAACUGUAUGAAGAUGUUUUUAACAGUUCUGAUCUAGGAAUGAAUUCAAUCUGAACCUGCAAACUGUGUUUAGU